AUGGACACCAUAUUGGCAGGCAUAGAUUACACCGUCGCUUACAUAGAUGACAUCAUUAUAGGCGGUGCAACCUUUGAGAAACAUGUCGGAAACCUUCAUAAAGUGGCGCAACAGCUACAGAAGUAUAAAUUUCGGGUCCAGUUCGACAAAUGCAAAUUUUUUGCUGCACAGGUAAAAUAUUUGGGAAACAUUUUAAGCAAAACAGGUAUAAAACCUGACCCCACCAAAAUAAGCCAGAUUCUAGCACUACCAGUACCCAAAAAUGUGUCAGAAGUCCGAGCAUUUCUGGGCAGUGUAAACUAUUAUGGAAAAUUCAUCGCAGAAAUGUCCAAAGUCAGAACACCUUUGGACAAAUUGCUUCAUAAAAAUGAAAAGUUUAAUUGGAACGCUGAUUGCCAAAAAGCCUUCCAGCAAUUCAAACGCAUUUUAAAUUCAGAUUUAAUGCUUACGCAUUAUAACCCCAAUUUACCAUUGAAAGUGGCAGCAGACGCCUCCAAUAGAGGAAUCGGUGCGUUUAUUUGUCACGUUUUUCCGGACGGAUCAGAGAAGGUUAUACAACACGCCUCAAAAGUUUUAACGGAUGCAGAGCAAAAGUACUCGCAAAUUGAAAAGGAAGCUUUAGCAUUAGUUUUUGCGCUAAAGAAGUUCCACAGAUUUAUUUUUGGACGUAAGUUCACAUUGUGCACGGAUCAUAAGCCGCUAAUCGCAAUAUUUGGUAAAAAUAAGGGCAUCCCAACGUACGCAGCAAAUAGGCUUCAGCGAUGGGCACUAAUAUUGAUGAUGUACGACUUCAAUAUCCAAUACAUUAAAACAACAGAAUUUGGAUGUGUAGACAUGCUUUCGCGCCUUAUAGCAAAUCACACAAAGCAAGACGAAGACAUGGUGAUAGCUUGUACUCAAAUGGAAGAAGAAAUGAACACGAUUAUUGAAGACCAAUGUGAAAAACUUCCGGUGAGUUUUGAAAUGAUAAGAAAAGCUACAAAGCAAUGUUCAACGGCCCAAGCUGUCAUAAACGCAUUAUCAAAUGGAUGGAAACAAGAAAUAACACCAGAAUUACAGCCAUUUUAUGCACGGAAAGAUCCACUCAGCGUGAUUCAAGAGUGCCUAAUGUUUCAUGAACGCAUAGUGAUUCCGAAGAAAUUACAACCACGAAUUUUACGUCAACUACACAGAGGACAUCCAGGUAGAGAACGGAUGAAAUUGUUAGCAAGGAGUUACGUGUAUUGGCCUGGUGUGGACGAAGAUAUAGUCUCGUAUUCACGAAAUUGUCAACUUUGUGCAUCAACAGCAAAAAUGCCUGUAAAACAUACACUACGAUCAUGGCCGUUAGCAACAAAACCAAUGGAACGGUUACACAUUGAUAUAGCAGGACCAUGCAAUGGUUUUUAUUACUUCGUAAUCGUAGAUGCAUUCUCAAAAUGGCCUGAAAUUUUUCAAAUAGAGAAUAUCACAACGCAAACAAUCAUUAGCAAGCUAAAUGAAACGCUUUCACGUUACGGAGAUUGUGACACACUGGUCUCCGAUAACGGCACACAAUUUACGAGUGGAGCGUUCGAACAAUUCGUAACAUCGCGGGGUAUUCAACACAUAAGGACAUCGCCUUAUCAUCCCCAGUCCAAUGGACAAGCGGAACGGUUCGUAGAUACACUGAAAAGAGCAUUAAAAAAAUUAAAAAUGGAAGGAACGGAUUCAGAAAACUUGCAAACAUUUUUGCAAACGUAUAGAUCCACACCAAAUCCGAAUGUGGUAGAACGUAAAUCUCCUGUAGAAGCCUUCCUUAACUGGAAAAUCAAAACAACGUUAGACUUAACUAAGCCACAAACAACGGAAAUCAAACAACGAAAUUUAAAACAAGAAAAGCAGUUUAAUGUCAAACACGGAGCAAAAUCUAGAGAAUUUUCGAAUGGAAACCUUGUAAACGUUAAAUGGCAUCAAGGCAAUGAUACGUUUUGGGUUCCUGGCGUUAUCAUAGAACGGAUUGGUUCUGUGAACUACAAUGUCAGAAUUGAAGUAAAGGGCAACUCAAAACUGAUUAGAUCACAUGCAAAUAAAAUGGUAAAACGGUAUGGAAACCAUACUGGCAAUCGCGAUGUGACUAAAUAUUUAUGCGACGUUUUUGAUCUCACAGAACUACCACGGUUCAAUGAAGAAAAUCAACCCGUACUACAGCCAGAAACUGUUGAAGUGGCUCCCCUAGUGGAAACCACCUCAUCUGGUUCUAAUGCACAUGCAGAGACAAAUAGAGGAACAUCAACGAGUCGCAGGAUUCGUAGACCACCAGCAUAUUUGAAUGAGUAUGAUACUUCCUAA